UAUAUCUGUGGCAAGUAGCAAGAGUUUUUUAAAGAGGUUAAUUUUCGGUUUUUCCAAGAGUGGUUUUUCUUAAUCCUAAAAGUUUACUGUUUGCAGGGGUUUACUGACUGCAACACUUUUUCCCUUUUUUUUGUUUUCACCUUUAUUACAGCCUGAUCUGGAAACAACUGUCCUGAUCAGUUCUUAUUUCACGAUGAACAACGAGCAGAGAUGUAUGGAGAAUGAAGAUAUAUUUGAAAAAUUAACUCGGGUUAUCAGGUCUUCGGAUAAUGAUCUAAAUGGAGGAAUAACUAAGCAGUUUUUGAACCUAAAGACCCUAACACAAGAAGUAGAUUUUAUAUUGGAAUUGCUCUCUAAGUAUAAUAUUUCACUGCAUUAUAUAAGAGAUUCUAAAAAUAACAAGAAAUCUUCUGAUUUAAGAAUUAGUGGAAAUAAGUUAUUUUCAGUGAAAAAAGAUGAGGAUGCCCUAAAAAUGUACACUUACAGCAUUGCCUUUGCGGAAGACAAAUCAGAAUAUUUAGGGUUAGCAUAUGCAAAUAGAUCGGCAGUAUUGUUCAGAUUAGGAUUUUUCGAAGAAUGUUUGAAAGAUAUUGAAAGAGCUCUAGAAAAUAACUAUCCAAUUACGUUAAAGCAAAAAAUCAAUGAGAGGAAAGAGAAAGCUCUGUGUUUGAAGUCCAAACAAAAAUCCUUGAAGUAUUACCAGAACAUACCUUCUAUUGACGUUAAUGAAAAGAAUCCUCUUAUAGAGUGUGCAUCAAAUUCUGUUGAACUGAGGAAUGACCCAAAGCAGGGAAGAUUUAUAGUAGCAACAAAAGAUAUCCAAAUAGGGGAAAUAAUUGCAGUAGAACAUCCGACAUUUACUGUUUUAACUGAUGCUAGGUGGUGUCACUGUUAUCACUGCUUAACUUUGUGUUAUAAUCUUUUACCUUGUAAAACUUGCACAAAAGCCCUUUUUUGUAGUUCAAACUGUCGAGUAAAGUCUAAUUAUUAUCAUAAAUAUGAAUGUCCUGUUUUAGCUACAAUAGAAAGUUUGGGUUAUAAUCAAUGUCGGUUUCUACCAUUACGUGUAGCCAUUUCCAUGAAAGAGCAUUUUGCAACGUUGGAAGAAUUAGAACUUGAAAAACUUGAUAGUGUAUACAAAUCUGGGAGGUAUAAAGAAUUGCAUCAUCUAGUUACGAACCAGCAACAUCGUACACCAUCAGAUAUUUUUGAAAGAGUUACAUGUACCGCUUUGUUCUUCAAAUUACUCAAGGAGCAUACUGAUUUCUUUGAAAGUGAUGAUGAUGCUAAACUUAUUUUUGACUCUUUACUAUUUCAACAUCUUCAAACAAUGGCCUGUAACUUUCAUGAUAUAAAUGAAUUAAGUCUCAAUUCAGAUGGUAUAUAUGAAUCAACUCAGUUAGGGGCUGGUGCUUAUAAUUUUUUGAGCCUUUUCAACCACUCAUGCAACCCCAAUGUUUGUAGAACAAGUUAUGGCACUACCGAAGUUGUUUCAGCAGUCAGAACUAUCAGGAAAGGAGAACAGCUGUUCGACAACUAUGGUUUUCAUUAUGGUAUUCAUCCCAAAUCGAUGCGGCAGGCUUCCCUUAAGAAACAAUACCAUUUUGACUGCAAUUGUCAGGCGUGUAGCAAUAACUGGGCCACAGUCCAAGAUCUAAAACACAAAGAUGAACCUUUCCAUUUUGUGGAAUAUCAUGAGAGUCUGGCAAAUGCAGUUGUGGAGGUUGCUAAGAAAAUUCGACCCUCUGUUAUCAAAGCCUUACAAGAACUAGAAAAAAAUAUACCUUGCUUUGAGUUUUGUCAAGUGCAAGAAAUAUUGAAGCAAUGUGAUGGAAUAUUUGGAAAUGUGAGAAGGUGCCUGAAUUCGGAUUCUUUCACUUGAUUAUACAGAAGUAUUUUUUGUUUUUGAGUUAUUUAUGCUAAUUUUUUACCUUAUUAUACAUAAAUUUAUAGGUGCUAUGUAUAGAGAUAUAUAGAUGCUUGCUUAUUUUGAGUGCUUGAUAGUAUUUCAAUGUACUUAUCAUUGAGUAUUCUAGUUAAUACUCAAUGGUACAUGGUAUACUUGCUGCUAGAACAUUUGUAAGCAUAAAUAAAAAACUGCAAUAAAAAUGA